CAGAGCGCGCGGCAGCACCGAGGAGGGAGCGCGCGGCGGCGGGAGCCGGAGGACGGGCAUGGAGCCGCCGCGGGCCUCCUGAGCACUGGAGUGCGGGCAGCCAGCGGCACGAUGCCGGUGCAGCUGACCACAGCCCUGCGUGUGGUGGGCACCAGCCUGUUUGCCCUGGUGGUGCUGGGAGGCAUCCUGGCAGCCUAUGUGACAGGCUACCAGUUCAUCCACACAGAAAAGCACUACCUGUCCUUCGGCCUCUACGGAGCCAUCCUGGGCCUGCACCUGCUCAUCCAGAGCCUGUUCGCUUUUCUGGAGCACCGGCGCAUGCGCAGGGCAGGCCGGCCACUGAAGCUGCCCUCCUCCCAGCGGCGCUCAGUGGCCCUCUGCAUCGCCGCCUACCAGGAGGACCCUGAGUACUUGCGCAAGUGCCUGCGCUCAGCUCAACGCAUCGCCUUCCCAAACCUCAAGGUGGUCAUGGUAGUGGACGGCAAUCGCCAGGAAGACGCCUAUAUGCUGGACAUCUUCCAUGAGGUGCUGGGUGGUACUGAGCAAGCCGGUUUCUUUGUGUGGCGAAGCAACUUCCAUGAGGCGGGUGAGGGCGAGACGGAGGCCAGCCUGAAGGAAGGCAUGGAGCGUGUGCGUGCCGUUGUGUGGUCCAGCACCUACUCGUGCAUCAUGCAGAAGUGGGGAGGCAAGCGUGAGGUCAUGUAUACUGCCUUCAGGGCUCUUGGCGAUUCAGUGGACUAUAUCCAGGUGUGCGACUCUGACACCGUGCUGGACCCAGCCUGCACCAUUGAGAUGCUUCGAGUCUUGGAAGAAGAUCCCCAAGUAGGAGGUGUUGGGGGAGAUGUCCAAAUACUCAACAAAUAUGAUUCAUGGAUCUCCUUCCUGAGCAGUGUGCGGUACUGGAUGGCCUUCAACGUGGAGCGGGCGUGCCAGUCCUACUUUGGCUGUGUGCAGUGUAUUAGUGGGCCCUUGGGCAUGUACCGCAACAGCCUUCUUCAGCAGUUCCUGGAGGACUGGUACCAUCAGAAGUUCCUAGGCAGCAAGUGCAGCUUUGGGGAUGACCGGCACCUUACCAACAGAGUGCUGAGUCUUGGCUACCGGACUAAGUAUACAGCGCGCUCUAAGUGCCUCACAGAGACCCCCACUAAGUACCUCCGAUGGCUUAAUCAGCAGACCCGCUGGAGCAAGUCUUACUUCCGGGAGUGGCUCUAUAAUUCCCUGUGGUUCCAUAAGCACCACCUCUGGAUGACCUACGAAUCAGUGGUCACAGGCUUCUUCCCAUUCUUCCUUAUUGCCACAGUCAUCCAGCUUUUCUACCGUGGCCGCAUCUGGAACAUUCUCCUCUUCCUGCUGACGGUGCAGCUGGUGGGCAUUAUCAAAGCUACCUAUGCCUGCUUCCUUCGAGGCAACGCAGAGAUGAUCUUCAUGUCCCUCUACUCCCUUCUCUAUAUGUCCAGCCUCCUGCCAGCCAAGAUCUUUGCCAUUGCUACCAUCAACAAGUCUGGCUGGGGCACUUCUGGCCGAAAAACCAUUGUGGUGAACUUCAUCGGCCUCAUCCCUGUGUCCAUCUGGGUGGCAGUUCUUCUAGGGGGGCUAGCCUACACAGCUUAUUGCCAGGAUCUGUUUAGUGAGACUGAGCUAGCCUUCCUUGUCUCUGGCGCCAUCCUGUAUGGCUGCUAUUGGGUGGCCCUUCUCAUGCUGUAUCUGGCCAUCAUUGCUCGGCGGUGUGGGAAGAAGCCAGAGCAGUACAGCCUGGCUUUCGCUGAGGUGUGACAUAACCCACAGAUAGAGCGGGAAAAGUGCAAUGGGUAAGGGAGGGAAGGGGAACAGAAGAGAAUAGAUGGGGCGGGAGGGAGGAGGGAGUGUUGUGUUCUAGUUUAAUGGCUGAAAGGACAAAUUUGAAAUGCAAAGAAUGGUGACUGGAAUGGCCUGGGCAGCUCUGCUCAGAGGAAGCAUGACACCGAUUCUUCAGGCUUAGGGCAGAGGGGACUUGGAUGUUUUCAGGCUACUUGUCUGCUUGUCCUCCUGGGACCUAUAGAGAACUCAGAAGUGUGCUAAACCAAGUGCUAAGUUCCAUCCUGUGGCAACUUCUGGUACGGAAGCCCGCAAUCACAGCCUGUGGGAAGACUAGGUAGAACUUCCACUGAAGUCUGGGUCAGCUAAUGUCCCUUCCCUCCCCAACCUCCGACUGGCAUCAAAGCAGUAAGAUUGUGCCUGAGAUAACAAGACUGAGAAGUCUGAUUGGUCAGAAAACAGGGUCUAGGGAGUGGUGCUUUAUGUGACAUACCCCACUCUGUAUCACAGCACCCCAGGGAUGAACCAAGCCAGCAGGAGUAUGGAGUUGUUUUUAAUAUGCACUUAAAAAAAGUUUGACCAGGUGUGGUGGUACACACCUGCAAUCCCAGCACUCAGGAGGGUAGAUGCAGAAGGAUCAAUAGUUCAAGGGCAGCCUGAGCUACAUGAGACACUGUCUUUCUCUUAUUCACACACACACAAGUUUGACAGGAAGACCAGAGACUGUCCUGGUGCUAACAACCAUGGAGGCCUUGGACUAAAUGUUCUAAUUGGGAACUGCUUAGACUUUUACAUGGAUUCCAAAAUUGUCAGAGACCUUGCUUGGCAGAUAAAAUGUUUUAGCAAUCUACCAGGAAGAUCAAACCCCAAUGUGUUCAGAUAAGAAGUCUUCGUUAUUUUAGUCUGUUUAUACUUGAAUUCCUCUCAAAUUCAGCUCUGAUCUGAGGCUAGACACCCUAUCCUCUAUUUCACUUUUCCCAAAGGCACAUAGUUUUUUGUUUUUGUUUUUGUUGUUUUUCUGGUAUGGGCAAAAAAACAGUAGUCACCUCUUUUUCAUGAGUAAGUUUCUUAGCAUGGCAGAGACUGGAUCCUAUGCAAUAGGCUGCUCUCUACGCCUAUGGAAGGAUGCUGACUGCCUCUGAUCAAGUUGUUUACCAUCUUGGAACUGGAUGGUAGCUUGACCACUGGUUGGCAUGUGUAGCUUUCAGCUUACUGUUCUCGACAAUCAUCUGCAAUGGAAAGCUUUCCAGUGUUGCCCAAGUGAACCCUCAAAUCCAAGCCACUCAUUUGAGACUGUCCAUGCUCCUCAGUGGCUUCUCCAGGGAAUUCUACGGCCCGGUGUGGAUAGUCAUGACUGCAUUUACUUCCUUCUAUCCAGAACCCAACCUAGGAGAUGGAACUUGUUCCAACCAUCCUUGCCAUCUCGCACAAUGCCCCUCAGGGCUAUUCAAUCUUCCUGCUUCUUUUGGGGAGUGACGAGAAGCCAUUUCAUAUUUACUUGCAAUUGAGCCUGGACUCAGCUUUUGGGUUUGAAAUCUGGUAGAAUGAUUAAGCCUCUGACUUAGGGAUUGUUUGUUCUUUUUCUAAACAUUCAUUUUUUUGGGGGGGGCAGCUAACCCCUGAGAACCAACACUAAGGUAGAGAGUGGUGUACCCAAGUGCUCCCUACAAAGGAAUGAAGUGCAUUCCAAACCUGAAACACAGAUGGGCAAACCCUGGCUUCCCUUCUCAUGAUCAGGAGGGUUUUCCAGGUGUAGCCAACAGUUUUCACAGCACACAGACCUCAGGUUUCUAUAAUACUGCUGGCUAAUGUCAAGCCUAGCUCACAAUGGCUGGGAAGCAACAGGCAUUUGCUAAAGGCAGUUGUUCCUGGCUCUUCUGUAUUUCUGCUGGCCAAGAAGUAAACUAUUUUGAGCACUACAAUGGAGGAAACCGGCCAACCAACUGCAGAGCUCAGACUUCACUAAGGGCUUGUUUUCUUCAGCUUUGACUUGAAGGUUAGUGCAGGACAAUGGACUCUGAUGGAACUGUCUGUCCUACCAUCAGCUCUGCCGCCUUGCACUGUGGUCAACUGUCUUCAGAUUAAAAGACGCAGGUACAGUAGCGAGCUCACAACAUUUGACCUCGACUGGAUUUUCUAAUUUAUUUUAUACAUUUUUCAGCAGCAAAACUAAACUGGGUCUACAGCUUUAUCCCUGUUUCUUGCAAGGGAAGAGCCUUUAUACAAUGAGACUCAUUUUGGUUUUCCCUCAUUGAGAAUUUUAGCCUCUUUUGUAUUAUUUCUAUAAUAAUUUGUAAACAUAUUUAUUUCUACCUGUUUUUUUACAAGGAGGGAACCUUAUUUAACGUUGAGGGUGGGGAGGGAACCAGAGGGGGAGCUUUACUUAGUGAAGGUGUUCAUAUUCAUAGUCAUGCUCUGGCUGCUGCCACUAAGCACAAGGCCUAGGCCUUUUACCUCCAGAAGCAAAGCCUCAGUGCCCAGAGGUAUGUGGCAGAGCUCAUCUUUUUUAGAUAAGCCUCUUCACCACUCUAUCCUCAUCUUGUCUGACCCCUUCCUAUGGAAGCACGUGGAACAUCUCCUGGAAAACCUGCUUGAGAUUGAGUUUCUAGCCUGGCCCAUGUACGUAUUCAAUCUUACCAUCAGCCUUCUAGCCAUCCUUCUCUUUGAAGUAAUGGCAUUCCUCCUGCUGGCUGUACUCGCUGUAAAUGGUCAUCUUAAUCUUAAUGCAGCACAUGGCUGGGGAUGGGGACUUGCUGGGGGCCGCUUCCUGCACUGAACUCUCCAGUGGCAGGGCUGUAAAUAAGUUCUUGUACAGGAUGUGGAAAAGCCACAAAUUCUUCUACUUCUCAUACAGGCUGACCAUUCUUCAGCCCAAGCUCUCUGAUUUAGUCAGAGGCCAAUUGUGACGAUCCUUGUCUGGCUCAAAAAUCCAUGGGCUGCUCCUGCUCUUCCCAGUUCCAGACAGGUCAUAGGAGGGAACUCGCCAUAAGGCGCAGCAGAACUUUGAGGUGGCAUUGCACGCCAGGACCCCCUUCUCCCACCCCAGCCUUACCAUCUCUAUCAUCUUUCUCGCUGCUGCCUUACAGCUGCUCCAGCUGCCAUAACCAAUGCCACCUCUCUAGGAGAGCCUAGAGCGCCACUGUUGUCAUCCUCAGUGAUGCCUGUCUUCCCUACUCCAGCCUCAUCCGUUGAGGAUAAGCGCUGAAGACACAGGCUCCUCGUUCUCCGGGGCUACCUCUCCACUCUGGGUCGUUGGUGCUGACCUUUGCCCAGCACCUGGACCCAAAAAUCCCCUUCUUGAGACUAAUCCUCAAGAGUCAUCAAGUCAUUGUCCUACACUAUCCUCUUCUCCUUGAGGACUUUCUUCACCCUCUGCUUAGUUGUCUUAAAGGUCACCAUCUCCUUGGGUGUGAGGUGAGCUGAGGCCCUGCUGCAGCUGCAGCCUGACCUAGUUCUGUCAAGUCUCAUUCCUGAAGGCCACUGGCCAUGCCACCCUAGUCCCUAUUGUACUUGGCCAUGAAAGAGCAAGGAUUUUGCUGUGCCAAGUCCACCUACACAAGGCAUGUGUUAGGGCCACUUCCAGGGUUCCACAUUCUUAGAUGACUCCUUGUCCAGCAGGUUCAUAUUCACCAGCACAUCUCCCCUCCCUACUGCUGCACUCCUUUUGUCCUCAAGGGUGAAGCUUGGCUCCCCUUCUCCGAAUCAGUGCAGGCUCUUCCGUGAGGUCCUGCAGGGACUCAGACACUGUACAGGUCCUCUGCCCAAACUCCUCCCACAAGAGUGCUCACGCCAUCUCCUCUAGCAGCUUGGUUCUCUUCUCCACCAAGUCCUCUUGUGGCUACCAGCUCCUCUCCACCCAGGCUGUGCUCUUAGGCAGGAGGCAUCCUCCCCCAGCAUCAUCUUCCCCAACUUCUGGUCCAGCAAUGCUUUUCUUUGGCAACCAGCUUCUCUUGUAGCUCUUCUUAGAGGGCCGUGGGGUUGAGAUGGUUGCUGCUGCAGACUCCUCUUAGCACUGACCUCCAGGAAUUUCAACCUCUCCUUUACUAGAGAUGGCUGUCUUGAUGUUGUGUGAUUGGAUCUCCUGAGGUGGCUCUGGAGCUAGCAUGGACCUCAGGGGUCAGCCUGCCCUCCGGCUUUCUCCACUGCUGAGUACUUGGCCUCGCUGACACUGGGAACCUGAAUUCCUAUCACCCUCCACCCCACCUCUGUUCACUGCAGGUGCCACUCUGGUGCUUGUUUUUGUACUUCUAAUGUUGUUUGGUGGCUGCUUGGCAGUGUCUGCUACCACUGUGGUUCAAGCCACCUUUCUCUCCAAGGUGCCUGAUGACCCCAUGGUGCUAAGCUGGCCUCUGCCAAACCCUGAUGAUGCAAAAUGCAAAUAAUUCAGAGUCACUAGGCGGCUGCCAUCCUGUUGCUGGCAACCAAGAAAGGCUGCUUCCUGUGUUACAUCAUUUGCAUUGUUGCAUUGGCCUCGGAGAGAAUUUUUUUUUUUUUUUUUAAACUUUCCAGGUCAAGAAUUUUAUACUGCAUUUAUCAAAAUAA